UCUUUAACGACGGUUUUAAAAUAUCAUCUUCUUCUUUCUCUCUCUCUCUUUCUCCGGCGACUGUGAAUAAUGUGGUCGGCGACGUUAUCAUUCCCUUCCUUUGUGGCUUCUUCAUCUGCUCUACCAAAUUACAAGAACCGUAGGUUUCCGAAGAUUAAAGCUUCGCUUUUUAAUUACCCUCUCGCGAGCAAAAUCAUGGUCAGAAAUUUACCGUUUUCUACAAGUGAAGAUUUUCUACAAAGGGAGUUUUCGGCUUUUGGAGAGAUAGCUGAAGUUAAGCUUGUCAAAGAUGAGUCAAUGAAGAGAUCAAAAGGUUAUGCUUUUAUUCAAUUCAAGUCUCAGGAUGAUGCUUUUCUAGCCAUUGAGACCAUGGACCGUCGGAUGUACAAUGGCAGGAUGAUUUAUAUAGACAUUGCGAAACCAGGGAAACGUGAUUUCCAAGGGUUUUCCAGAAGUUAA